UAUAAUCCCGGCGCGUCCGUGUGUCCUCUCGUUCGUCCUCAGUGCAGGAUAACGAUAACGCUCGUUCACCGCGACAGCAGAAACAGGCCAAAGACCGCAAAUACUGCUUACUGACAGACCCAGUGCGAGAAAACAAGCAUCCCAGACAGACUUACGUGAGACUCUGAACAAUCAGUCAUGGAUGCCAUCAUCCGCUGCCCGUUCCUGUCUCGUGUCCCCCAGACCUUCCUGCAGCAGGCUAGAAAGUCCUUGGUGGCGUACGCCGUGAAGUGUCCCGUCAUGAUGGACCUUGCAUCGAGGCCACUGGUGCGCUCGCUCUGCUCCUCGUCCUCCAGCUUCCAGAAGAGUGAGAGCACUCCUCCAGCCGGCGAGGAAGCCAAAGAGGCGUCAAGAGUGCCUGCGGGUCACCCCGUGCCGCCCGCCGGUCAAGCGUCCGCCUCCAGAUGCCCGUUCCUGGCGGCCGAGAUGGGGCAGGGGAACAGCGGCGUGGUGCGGCAGGCCAGCAUGGCGCUUCAGGAGGACGUCUCUGAAGUUCGCACCAUGUGCAAAGACGUCUCUCCAUCUGAGCUGAAUCCUUUGGUGAAGGACACCAUGACUGGAGGAAACCUGAUGAAGAAGCUGAUGAAGCAGCGGCCCACCAGGGUCUCUCACUUGCUGCAGGAGAACAUGCCCAAAACCGUGUCCAACUUUCGCUAUGACGAGUUCUUCGAAAAGAAGAUCGAGGAGAAGAAGGAGGAUCACACGUACCGCGUGUUUAAAACGGUGAACCGCAGGGCGACGGAGUUCCCGAUGGCGGACGAUUACACCGAGUCACUGUCCUUCAAGAGAAACGUCUCUGUGUGGUGCAGCAACGACUAUCUCGGCAUGAGCCGCCACCCGCGGGUGGUGCAGACCAUAAUGGACACUUUAGAGAAGCACGGUUCAGGAGCCGGAGGGACUCGAAAUAUAUCGGGGACGAGCAAGUUUCACGUGGCUCUGGAGCAUGAGCUGGCUGAUCUUCACGGGAAGGACGCUGCCUUGCUCUUCACCUCGUGUUUCGUGGCCAAUGACUCCGCGCUCUUCACGCUGGCUAAGAUGCUGCCUGGUUGCGAGAUCUAUUCAGACGCAGGCAAUCACGCCUCAAUGAUUCAGGGCAUCAGGAACAGCGGCGCCAAGAAGUUUAUCUUCCGUCACAAUGACGCCAUGCAUCUGCGUGAGCUGCUUGAGAAAUCAGAUCCCUCCGUUCCCAAGAUCGUGGCCUUUGAGACGGUGCACUCGAUGGACGGCGCCGUGUGUCCGCUGGAGCAGAUGUGUGACGUGGCUCACGAGUUCGGCGCCAUCACCUUCGUGGACGAGGUGCAUGCUGUGGGGCUCUACGGCCCCCGAGGAGGCGGCAUCGGAGACCGGGACGGAGUCAUGCACAAGAUGGACAUCAUCUCCGGCACUCUGGGGAAGGCGUUCGGCUGCGUCGGAGGCUACAUCGCCAGCACUAACGCUCUGGUGGACACGGUGCGCUCGUACGCCGCCGGCUUCAUCUUCACCACGUCUCUGCCGCCCAUGCUGCUGUCCGGCGCGCGCCAGUCCGUCCAGAUCCUGAAGAGCGAGGAGGGCCGCACGCUGCGCCGCAAACACCAGCGCAACGUGAAGCUGCUGCGGCAGAUGCUGCUGGACACGGGCCUGCCGGUGGUGCACUGCCCCAGCCACAUCAUCCCCGUCAGGGUGGCGGACGCUGAGAAGAACACGCAGGUGUGCGACAUCAUGAUGAGCCGCUAUAACAUCUACGUCCAGGCCAUUAACUACCCCACGGUGGCUCGCGGAGAGGAGCUGCUGCGCAUCGCUCCCACACCGCACCACACGCCGCAGAUGAUGAGCUACUUCGUCGAGAAGCUGACGGAGGCCUGGAAGGAGGUGGGUCUGGAGCUGAAGCCGCACUCCUCCACCGAGUGUAACUUCUGCCGGCAGCCGCUGCACUUCGAGCUGAUGAGCGAGAGAGAGAAGUCCUACUUCAGCGGCCUGAGCCAGCCCAUAUCCGCCUGCGGCUGACCUCCUCGUUCAUCCAGAGCACAGCUCCAUGUGCACCACAUCCAGAGAAUAAAUAUUUAGACCACUUGAUCUGCGUAUGUAUGUAUUUUGUUAACAGAGUAAAUCUAAAGUAUUUUAUAUUUAAAGAUGUUUGGCUGAUGUAGGCCAGUCGUAUUUGAUCAAUCGAGCAUUAUGGAUGGAAUUUUAAUAAACUGAUGACACACACACA